AUGGCAAAUUCCGGGAAAGGCACAUUUCAGCCCGAUUCCGAUGUUCACAUAUCAUUUGAAGAUCAACAAAAAAUAAAUAAAUUUGCACGCCUUAACGCUAAAGUUGAUGAUAUAAAGGAUGAAUUGAAAGUGAAACAAAACGACAUGAAAAAUUUAGAGGAAGCAGUGGAAGAAUUGAGUCUUGCUGACGAUACAGAAAAAAUUCCUUACCUAAUCGGUGAAGUGUUUGUAUGCCAAAGUUUGGAAGACACUUUAAAAUCAUUAGAAGAAACAAAAAGCAAAAAAGAGAAUGAAAUAAGUGAAUUAGAGGCCAAAUCUGAAGCAAUAAAAGCACAGAUGAGUGAAUUAAAAGCACACUUGUAUGGGAAGUUUGGAAGUCACAUCAACUUGGAAAAUGAAGAAGAUUGA